CAGGAGGGGCGGACCAAACUUCCGGUCGUUUAUUGAAAAAACACCGUGUUCUCUUCGAAUUCAUAGUACGUAGUGCUUCUCUACACUUUAGUAUCUCUACUUUGCGUUGCCUACAUCCUUGCCCACAACCCUCCCGCCGUCCAAUAAGCACAGUUGCUCUUCCAGCCACAACCUCGCGAGACUCAAAACGCCCUGCCGCCAUGUCCACUAUGGGCAUUCACUGUGGAGGAGCGAGGCUGCGGUCUCCAUUUUAGAUGUGGGCGAGAGACCGAAGUCUGUAGGCACAAGAGAUCGUUCUAAGGUGUAGCCUCUGUGUAACAGAGCGCGAAUAUUUCCUGAGCCGGUUCGAUGUUUGUUUCUUCGUUUACGGAAGAGAAGUGGGCAGGGAGAAAGACAAAGAGUUUGGCGGUGGUGAGGGAACGGUAUGAGCCGAGGGCGGCACCUUGAGCAGAACCCGUCCAACAUGAGCAGCUUCUUCUCAGACUGACAGAGAUGUAAUUCCUGUUGCUCAGGUUGUGGUUGCCUUCCUGCCUUUCGUUUCCUUUUUCCAUCUCUGAGUUGGGAUAAAGGGAAGACAAGAGGAAGAUGCCGCUCUUCUUCCGUAAAAGGAAACCCAGCGAUGAAGCCCGCAAGCGCCUUGAGUACCAAAUGUGCCUGGCAAAGGAAGCCGGAGCUGAUGAUAUACUUGACAUAUCCAAAUGUGAACUCUUAGAGAUUCCGUAUGGCGCCUUGGCGACCUGUAAAGUCUUGCAGAAGAAGGUGCUGAUUGCUCACACCAAUUGCUUGACAUCUCUGACCCCUAAAUCCUGUAGCAUCCUGAAUCUCCUAACUGUGAAGGUUUUAGAUCUACAUGACAACCAGCUGACCUCACUUCCUCCUGAUAUUGGCCAACUGACAUCUCUCCAGGUCCUGAACUUUGAAAAGAAUCUAUUGAAGGCCCUUCCAGAUUCGAUAGGGGACCUUGUCCAGCUGCAGACGCUUAAUCUGAAAGGCAACAAGCUGAAGGAACUGCCAGCCUCCCUAGGUGGCCUGCGUAGCCUACGGACCUUAGACAUCAGCGAAAACCUAGUGCAGGAGUUGCCGCAGGCACUGGCUCACAUCCGAACACUGGAGUCACUGACCCUGGAUGCCUCGUCCAUGUCCUACCCGUCCAAUGACAUCUGCAGCGCUGGCACAGAGGCCAUCCAGCAGUUUCUGUGUGGAGAAUUAGGAAUCGAGUACAAUCCUCCCUCGCAGUAUUUACUCCCAGUGUUGGAAAGUGACGGAGGUGAGACUUCGGUGGACGGAGUCAGCAGGAUGGUCACGAAAUAUGCGGAGAAUGAGGCUCAGUGGCAGAACAAAUUUAUGGACUACGAGAAGCGGAAGGAGCAGAAGAUGCAGGAGAAGCUGGAGUUUGAGCGCUGGUUGGAUCUGGAGCAGCGAGGUCAAGCCCAGCUCAUGCACCAGAGCCACGCCCAGAAAGGAGAGAUCCUCCAGAGCAUGAAAGAGGAGCAGGUAAGGCUGGAGCAGGGCCUGACCCGGCACCAGGAGCGCCUGGGAGAAGAACGCAUGAAGCUGUUGGAGCAGCUGAAGCAAAUGGAGCAAGGGGUGUCCGGCCGGAUCAAGAAACUGCUGGAAGAGAACCAGAGGCAAAAGCAGAGCUCUGAGAUUCUCAAAUCUCUGGAGAAUGACCGGAUCCGUAUGGAGCAGCUGAUGGCCAUUACUCAGGAGGAGGCUGAGCAGCUGCGUAGGAAGGAAGUGGCCUCGGCCAUGCAGCAGAUGCUGGCCGAGACCUAUAAGAACAAGCUCCUGCAGGUGGCUUACGAGUCACGCCGGCAAGAUCUUGUCAACCAGACUUGUUCCAGCCUAGCCAAGAUGGACCAGAAGUUCCAGCAAAUCCUAGCUUGGCAGGAGCUGGACCAGAACAAAGCCGUCAGCCAGAUCCUACAGGAGAGUGAUAUGCAGAAGGCUGCAUUUGAAGCCCUUCAGGUGAAGAGGGAUCUCAUGCACUGCCAGAUCAGAAAUCAGAUUAAGUUAAUAGAGAGAGAGUUACUGCAGCUGACCCAGCUGGAGUUAAAGAGGCAGCAGUUGGACACAGAGGCACUGCAGGAGGCAAUCACAGAGCAGCGGCAAGCCCUCACCUACCUGCUGCAGCAGCUGCUGAAGGAGAAGAGGCAGCGGGAGGAAGAGCUGCAGGCCAUCUUGAGGGAGCUGGAAGCUAAGAGUGAGACAAAGCAAGAGAAUUACUGGCUGAUUCAGUACCAGCGGCUUUUGGACCAGAAGCCCCUUUCACUCCGGCUGCAGGAGGAAGGACUGGAACGGCAGCUCGUGAAGCUCCUGGCAGACCUGUCAGCCGACCAGUACACGCCCGUCUUUGCACAUCACCGGAUCUCGCUCAAAAUGCUAAGCGCCAUGGUCCCAAGUGACUUGGCCAAGAUGGGGAUCACAGAGACAGGCCUGCAGCACUCCAUCAUCCGGAAGGCCCGAGAGAUCCACGCCGUGGCUGAAACCAUCCCAGAGUUGCUGAAGCCUACAGAAGAGGCAGAGCUUGCUGCUCCAGGGACCAGCAGAGAGCCCCCCACCGCCAUGGCUCCUUCUGCCCCACCACCAGAAGAGCACCUCUGUGAGUGUGUGGUCUGCAUGGAGCGAGAGGCCCAGGUGGUAUUCCUGACUUGCGGCCAUGUCUGCUGCUGCCAGACCUGCUCUGAGGCCCUGAGCACCUGCCCGCUGUGCCGCAAGGAUAUCGUCCAGCGCAUCCGUCUUUUCCACAGCGGAUAGCCCCACAUGGGGACAGCGUCACUCCCAUCAUGUGCCCGCUUCUUCCCCCUCAACCUUGCGCACUGGGUUGCCAGGGGUGGGGUGGGGUCAAUGGUUCUUUUGGCGUGCUGUGUAGGCCAGUCCGGGAUAUGCACUACCUCCUUGCUCUUUGUCUGCGUAACCAUCACCAUCCUCUGCUCACAGAGCAUGGCUGCAAUUCUCCCCCUCCCCAACUCUCAGCUGUUGGCUUUUAGCUGCUCUAAGGCCAAGAUGGAGGCACAUCUCCGGGCUGAGGGCAGAACGGUGCUUGCAGUUCCUGAAAAGCUACUCUCACGUUUUGGGGAACAGGCAAACACCACAUCUUCUCUGGCAGCCUGGCAAGGGUCAUUUAAAGAUGCCAGUCCCAACCUAUGGGCAGAGUGGGUUCUAGGAGCUUCAGUACAGGAGAAGAGAGUCCCUGCUGUCUGCCCGCCUAAUGAAUCAGGGCUGGCGUGUGUGUGUGUGUAUAUAUAUUAUAUAUAUAUAUGUAUUUCUGUGGCUGGGUACUGUGGGCUUAGGCCACUACUGGCUGAGCUGUAGCAGCACCCAGUGGAGCAAAAGUGCCUGGAAGCUGUCCCAUCUGUCACCCUGGGAGAGAGUGGUUGGUGAUUCCCAGCCAUCCAGCAUCCAGCUCCCAAUCUAGUCCACUUUGAACUCUUUCCAGGCCAGCGUUUUAAAGCUGCCACCCCCAACCUGGUGCCCUCUAGCUGGGAUGACUGCAUUAAGGACCCCAUAAAGGGUGGGUGGGUAAGUCAAGCAAGAGCCCUGGUUGGGUGGAGGUCUCGUCCCACCCACUACAUGUUUUUCGCUAGUGGAGUAUGUGUGUGUUUGGUUCAUCAUCCCUCUCGGUUCAUUGGUCAGUAAUUGACCUUGAUAGUCUGCCAAGGCAACAUCUCCUCCAGAAGAAACCAGCCUCCACCCGGUUUUGCUUGGCAGGUUUCCUGGCAGGAGAAAGUGGACACUCGUAUUUGCAACUUCCAAGAAACAGGCCCCUGAGCCUUUUUCACUGCCUGACCGCUCACUCACAUUCAUCGUCCUGUGUUCUCUUGGAGCCAGGUGAGUGAGGAAACCUUUUGGCUGCUUCUGGCAUUGCUGAACCACGACUCCCAACUUCCUCAGCAAGCGUGGCCAGCACCCAAGGAUUAUGGGAGUUGUAGUUCAGCCACAACAGGAGGGCCAAAGGCUCCCUACAUCUGAACUACAUGACAGCCAAGAGGUGAGGUCUGUCCUUUUUAGCAAAGUCAGCUAACAUGAACAGCAAUAUAGUGCUUUAUUCUAUCAGUUUUCUCCAAAAGGAUCCGCAAAUAUUUUAUAACUAAAAGGUAAAAUGCACCAGAAGAAUGAAGUGUUGUUUUGCCUUCCAGGAAGCCUUAGUCCCAGUGCAGGUGUGGAGAUUCUUUGCCACUCCAAAUGAGACUGAAUUACAACUCCUGUCAUCAUCCUUGGCCUUUGGCCAUGCUUGCUGGGCCUGAGGGGAGCUGUAGUUUAGCAAUGUCUGGAGAGUGUAAAGUUCCCUCACGCUUACAAGGAAAACUUACAAGGAAAACCAAGAGGGGAGAGAUUGGCAGAAACCUUAUGUAAGGGAGGCCUUGCCUAUGCCUGGUCAUGGAGGCUGUGCCGCAGUAAUCCCUCUCCACCCACCUACCCACAAUUCCUUGCUCAGGGUGAUUUGUUCCCCUUCCAGAUAAGGGAUAGGGUGCCUUGAGUCCCUGUCAGGAGAAACAGCAGGGUACAAAUAUAGAACAGAACCACAGAAUUGUAGAGUUGGAAGGGACCCAGAGGGUCACCUAAUCCAAACCCUGGCAAUGCAAAGAUCUUGACUAGAUCAUACACUGGUAUUUGUGGGGGCUGGGUUUUAAUAGGUAGCAGAGGAUAUAUUAAUUGCAAUUUAUCCCUCCACACACCCAUGUUUGUGGGCUGAAACAAAAUAAAGCAUAGGAAUUAGUCUAUAGAACUUUGUUUUGAGCAAGUCCAGCUAACAAAGUAAGCUGGAUUCCCCCUUCUUACCCCACUUAAACAAAAAAACAGGCAGCAACUUGUAAAGUAAGAUUUACUUACUUUAUAAUCAUGCAUAGGUUCACAGCAACAGUAGCAGUAAAAACCAUGCAGGCAAAAUACGGUAUAUUUACAGUAUAACCAGCUUCAUGCAUGUGCCUAAAACUCAAGCUAGCAGAAGCAUGUCUGCAUCCAUCACUAGUCAAAGGGAGGGCGAGAGCUACAUGAAGUACUAUAUGCUUCCUAUCCAGGAGAGGAACGGAAACAACACCACACAGCCAAUUAUAUUUCUAUGGUCUGAGUAUCUGCCUUUCAGUAAUACACCUCUGUGGUAUUAACCGCUUCUCAUACUAACUAGCAAGAAUGUGCAUUUGUUAGGUUUGUCUAGCAGACAAACGUCUCAUGUGGCUUUUGCAGUUUGCAGAUGGCUAUAGUAUCUCCUCUCAGUCUCUUCCAGGCUAAAUGUACCCAGCUCCCUCAACCAUACCUCAUUCAGCAGCAUAUGGAGGGCCAAAAGUUCCCCACCACCAGGUUUCCCAACCCUAGUUUGAUGUUUCUGGGCCGCAGCAUGGGAUUGUGCUGGCUUCACCCGUCUCUCACAUGCUGCUGUGCUCCCAUUGCCACCACAUCUCCGAAGAACCCCGCUGGGAAAUCAGGGGCAAGGCCAGACAGACCUGUGUGGCAGUUGGUGUGCGGUGUGGGCAGCACAGAUUAGUUGGGGGUCUGGGCCCUCCCAAAGCAGUGAAGGAGAGAUGGGUCACUGCCUGGGCAUUUGCUGUGGGGUGAGGAGCACAGCAAGGCCUCUAGGGAGGGUUUCUCAGUCUUAUGCCUUGGGGUCUAGUUCUGUGGGAUUGCAAGUGGUAGGCCAUGGGGUGUGAGGAGCCUGUGGUCCCUUAAGCUGUUGCUGGACUCCUACCCCCAUCAGCCUUAGCCAGCAUGGCCAACAGCAAGGGAUGAUGGGAAUUGUAGUGCAAUGCACUCUAGAGGGCCAAAGGUUCCACAGCUCCAUGUCAGGUGAGCCAUACCUCUUCUUCCUAUACUCCUCCCACCUCAAGACAAAACCAAUUAGCUUUGCUUCUGAAGACAGACCUUAUAGGGAAGUGUUUGGUGGGUUGCAAAUAAAUAAUAAAUUAUUAUAAUGUUAUUUACCAGUCAAUGGGUCGGUGCUUCAAAAUCGCCUUCCCUUCCCAGUAGGAAGCCACCCUGAGGCCUGAGUUUGAAUCCCUCUACUCACAAGUUCAGGGUGCCUAUGCUGGGACCUUCACUUUCUCCCAAAGAACCUUGCACACUGUUGCCCUUUUCGGUGGGUGUGGAGAGGCUUUCCUUCACCCUCCACCCACUCACAGAGCCAAAAUUUGCAGAGGUGCCCUGGGGGAAGAACCAUUACAGUGGUACCUCGGUUUACGAACUUAAUCUGUUCUGGAAGUCCGUUUUUAAACCAAAACCAUUCUUAAACCGGGGCACUCUUUCCCUAAUGAGGCCUCCCGCCGCUGGUGCCCUUCCACCAUUCAGAUUCAGUUCUUAGACCGAGUUAAAGUUUGCGAACCAAGACACUAUUUCUGGUUUUGCGGAGUUUGUAAACCAGACUGUUCUUAAACUGAGGUACCACUGUACACGUAAAUCAGAUAUAGGCCUAUGGCCCACUUUUGCUUUGCUCUAGGUAGAAAGGAUCAUUGGCCUCUGCCAGGGACUCAGGCAGUGGCUUAGCUGGAGCAACGACCCCUUUGCCAUCAUUGCACGUCUUGCACGAAUCUCUGUUUCCCCCAGUGUUGGUCUGUUUUUAUGUGAUUGUCUCACAUGUAUCCAGCAGAGAAAUAAAAACUGGGUAUGAAAUUCAAA